AUGGUCAGUGUGGGUCGAAUUGGCGAUAUGCUGCAUGCGGUAAACUGCAUCUCAAUUUUGUUGAUCACUAUUGUUGGAAUCUUUACAUCACUUCUGACGGCCUUGCUCACUACGGUCGCAUCUAUCUCGGGAUUACACAUCGCUUACACUAGGCGUGAGCUCAUUCGGCACCGAUCCUCGGAGAGCUUUAGAAAUCCUUCCCUCCCCGCUCGGUCGCCGUUUGGGAGCACGGGUCCCGCCGUCAAGUUUCUAGUCGGGCCAGCUAUGAAUAUCUUACCCGAAGCAGGACAGAAACUCUAUCCUGAGCCGUUGGAACCGGGGGCGGCUUACUGGAGCCAUUGCAUGGCUAGGACACCACCACAUCAGGAAUCCGGCACAACACAGGGGCGCAAGUCCUGGACCAUGUCAACUGUGCCGAUUCCGACUCUCAUCAUUGCCAUGCAGGCUGAAUGGAGAGGGAGGGAGUUUCCCCGCCAUUGUCAAUUUCCACACUGCGCCGGCGGAAUGGCCGAGAAAAAAGAGCGGGACAAGGCCGAUUCGCGACCCACAUUCUCGUCGGCACCGUCCCGGCGAAGCGGGAGCAAGGCGGAGUCCCGCACCGGAAGCUCUUGCACAUCCAUCGAAGAUAUCCUGCCUGCAACUGACUCUGAUCCACGCAUACAUACGUAUUCAAAGAUACGCCACAGAAAACGACUGAGUGACGCGAGGGCGAAGCGAGGAAGUCCUUCUUUGCAGAUGGCAUUUGACUUUUCGGGCGCUGUCAGAAACAUCAGACCAAAAACAAAGCCAGCAUAUGCCCCCCUCAAGUCCCGAACCCGCCACACCGCAAGUGCCUCUCUCCCCAUCCCUACCACCCUUUUCGCGACGCGAGAUUCUCCCCGAGGCGCAAGCCAAGCCACACACGUCGAGCGGUUUGAACGUUUCUUGAACCCCGAAUUCUGGGGUUUGCGCAACCCCCGUGCGUCUGGACCUCUCGUUUCCGCGGGUGCUGGGUAUGGUACCCUUUUCGGCCAACGACGUCGAGUCACCGUCGGGUAA